CAAUACUGAGUCAUGCACGGACGAACGGAAGCAAAGCCGGCAGUGAUAAGCCCUUGGUCGGAGUAGCAACGUACGCAUUGCAAGAAGGAACAGCCGUCUCCUAUUUUCCCGGACCAUGGCCAACACUGCAGACAAGACUCCGGAAUACACACUCCACUUGGCCGCUGGCAUCUGAUUGUAACGUAGGACAAAUACUCUCCGUGUGUAUCGUGGACAUGGAGAUGAGAAGCAUUCUUGUUUUAUGCGUAUUCCUUGCUUGUAUUCACGAGAAGCUGGUUUCAUCUCAAUCAUGUCCAUCAGUGAGACGGGACCUGGUCAUCCUACUGGACAGCUCAGGUAGCGUAACAAAGCAAGACUUCGAGAGGGCAAAACAGUUUCUGGAAAGUUUCAUCGGUGACCUUGAAGUCAGCGACGAGGGCUACCAGAUUGCCGUGGUACGUUUCUCAGACGGCACACGGCGUGAAGCCAAGCUGGGGCAGUUUAAUGGAAAGAAAGGAGAACUGAUGGCAAAGGUGAUGAAGAUCUACCACAAUGGCGGGGGAACCAACACAGCCAAGGCUCUGAACUACGCUCUGACAAAGAUCCUAACGAAGAGAAACAGGGAUGAGGUACCGGAUCAGAUUCUGACUCUAACCGACGGAAAGUCUGACGACAUGGAGGCCACAGCUAAAGUGAUAGAGGCAGCGCGUGCGAAGCACGUGGAGAUGAUUUCGGUGGGGGUCGGGGCGGGAGUGAACGACACAGAACUUCGAAACCUGGCGUCAAGGCCAGAGCUCAUGUUCAAGGUCAACAGUUACGCCGAGCUAAGCAGCAUCAAAAGUCAACUUGUCGCGUUGUCAUGCGGACUGACGACGACAAUCCCUACAACCACUUCAACUACAACUACAACCACAACAACGACGAUUCCAACAACAACAACACCAUCAACUACAACAACGACGACCCAAGCGACAUCCACGACGACCCCGACUACAACAACGGCUAAUCCAGCCACGACCUCCACAACAUGGGAAACGACAACGUCAAGUACCGUCACACCAACUCUCAACUCAACAUCGGCAAUAAACAUUUCUCUUCCUUUCUCAAACUCAACAAAUGACGAGCCAUCUCGGGACCUUGACCACAACCACGAGGUCAUCAACAACGGUUUAAGAGAGAGGCGGAAUAUGGUGGAGUCGGCGUCCACGCACUGGAAGAAGGUGGUGGGGACGUCGGUGGCGGUGUUUGCACUGACUGCGAUCGUCUCAGGGAUGAUUGCGAUAAUCGUCAGAAAUCGCAGGAAAAGAAAUAGGAAACACACACUCGAGACACUUUGAGUAUUCGAACCACUCCCUUGACGUAAACAUUGAGAUACCGUUGCCUUUGUUUUCUUCUUUAAUAUUCUGCGUUAAACGCCUUGAGUGCAUGUGCAAAAUAUAUACUAAUUAAGGUCACCCUUAAUAUUUCAAGGGCGGUCGGGUAGCCUAGUGGUUAAAGCGUUCGCUCUUCACGCUGAAGACCCGGGUUCGAUUCCCGACAUGGGUACAAUGUGUGAAGCCCAUUUCUUGUGUUCCCCGCCGUGAUAUUGCUGGAAUAUUGCUAAAAGCGGCGUAAAAACAUACUCACUCACUCACUCACUCACUUAAUAUUUCAACGUACUCCAUGCUGCGGUGGGCUGGUGAUAAUUUUUUAAUCAAAUUAUCGGUCAUUUCCAGCAAAUUCUACGAAUUAUUGAGCUAUUGAAGCAAAAUCCUAUUGUAAUUGAUUUAUGUUAUAUAAACUUGGAACCCACAAAAUAACAUAGAUUGAUGCACAUAUUCCUCGAAAAAUGAAUGCCUUUUGAAGAUUUUGCUAAGUGUCAUAUGUGGCAAAUUCAAUUACAACACAUGGUCCCUUGCAUGCGUGCAUCUAUAUUGAGUAUACUGGCUGUGACCGUCGCGUUGUUGAAGGGGGCCCUGAUUUCCGUUGUGUAUAAUACUUAUGAACACAGUUGUUAAUAAUAAAUCUCUUUUCCAUGUGA